GGGCGGGGAGACCCGCGGGCGCACGGGCCGGGCUGCCUUCAUAAGCCGGCGGGGGAGGUGGCUGCCAGCGUACGCUCCCGCCACUGCGCUCCCUAGGGCCGCCGCUUGCGCCGGGACGGACCCUCCCCACGAGUGCCUGCAGAAUCGGAACAUCAAUUAACGGCUGACACCGCCAGGCCACCUCUUCCCACCUACCGGUCUGGGCUCCAGAGAGGAACAGGUCUCGGGGUACAUCAUGAUCUCACCAUUCUUAGUACUGGCCAUCAGCACCUGCCUUACCAACUCUUUUGUGCCAGAGAAAGAGAAAGAUCCCAAUUACUGGCGACAGCAAGCUCAGGAGACCUUGAAAAAUGCCCUGAAACUUCAGAAGCUCAAUACCAAUGUGGCCAAGAAUGUCAUCAUGUUCCUUGGAGAUGGGAUGGGCGUCUCCACAGUGACGGCCGCCCGCAUCCUUAAGGGCCAGCUUCACCACAACACGGGAGAGGAAACACGGCUGGAGAUGGACAAGUUCCCCUUUGUGGCCCUCUCCAAGACAUACAACACCAACGCUCAGGUCCCCGACAGCGCGGGCACUGCCACUGCCUACUUGUGUGGUGUGAAGGCCAAUGAGGGCACCGUGGGAGUGAGCGCAGCCACUGAGCGCACAAGGUGCAACACCACUCAGGGGAAUGAGGUCACCUCCAUCCUGCGCUGGGCCAAGGAUGCUGGGAAGUCUGUGGGCAUCGUGACCACCACACGGGUAAAUCAUGCCACCCCCAGUGCAGCCUACGCACACUCGGCUGAUCGGGACUGGUACUCAGAUAAUGAGAUGCCGCCAGAGGCUCUGAGCCAGGGCUGCAAGGACAUCGCGUAUCAGCUAAUGCACAACAUCAGGGACAUUGAUGUGAUCAUGGGGGGCGGCCGGAAGUACAUGUACCCGAAGAACAAAACUGAUGUGGAAUAUGAACUGGAUGAGAAGGCCAGAGGCACAAGGCUGGACGGCCUGGACCUCAUCAGCAUUUGGAAGAGCUUCAAACCCAGACACAAGCACUCCCACUAUGUCUGGAACCGCACUGAGCUGCUGGCCCUCGACCCCUCCAUGGUGGACUACCUCUUAGGUCUCUUUGAACCCGGGGACAUGCAGUAUGAGUUGAAUAGAAACAACCUGACUGACCCUUCGCUCUCUGAGAUGGUGGAGGUGGCCCUCAGGAUCCUGACAAAGAAUCCGAAAGGCUUCUUCCUGCUGGUGGAAGGAGGCAGGAUUGACCAUGGACACCACGAGGGCAAGGCCAAGCAGGCGUUGCAUGAGGCAGUGGAGAUGGACCAGGCCAUUGGAAGGGCGGGUGCUAUGACUUCCCAGAAAGACACCUUGACCGUGGUUACUGCAGAUCAUUCCCAUGUUUUCACUUUCGGUGGAUACACCCCCCGGGGCAACUCUAUCUUUGGUCUGGCUCCCAUGUUGAGUGACACAGACAAGAAGCCCUUCACAGCCAUCCUCUAUGGCAAUGGGCCUGGCUACAAGGUAGUGGAUGGUGAACGAGAGAACGUCUCCAUGGUGGAUUAUGCUCACAACAACUACCAGGCCCAGUCUGCUGUCCCCCUGCGCCAUGAGACCCACGGCGGGGAAGACGUGGCAGUCUUUGCCAAGGGCCCCAUGGCGCACCUGCUUCACGGCGUCCAUGAGCAGAACUACAUCCCCCACGUGAUGGCAUAUGCUUCCUGCAUUGGGGCCAACGUCGACCACUGUGCCUCGGCCAGCUCCACCAGCAGCCCCGCCCUAGGGCCCCUACUGCUUCCGCUGGCACUGCUCCCACUAAGCACUCUGUUCUGAGUGAGGGCCCAGGUCCCACAAGCCCACAAUGGAUAGCCAGCCCCCUCCCUAUGUGGCCCACCACCUGGCAGCCCACACUCAAGGGAGAGGCCCAGGCAGCCUCCAGAAGGAACAGAAGUUUGCUGCCUGUCUUCCGUCCGGAAUCCUUCAUGGGCUGGAAGAUUCCAGGCUCUACCUGUACUCCCUCCUCACUACCCUUUGGCCAGCAGGGCAGGUCUCUCUUGGGCAGGCAGGGCACAGACUGCACAAAUUCCCAAAGCACCUUAUUUUUCUAUCAAAUAUAUUCUCCAGACCCUGCAACCUCCAUGGAACAUUCCAGAUCUGACCUUCCCUCCCCUCAUCCCUUCCUUCUGGAACACUGGGCCCCAUAGUCACAGCCAGUCCCCAAGCCCAGCCCUUCCUGGAGGGGAGACCAGGUCUGCUCAGGUUGUGACUCCCAGGAAGCCACCUCCGGGGUUGGCUGUCUCCCCAGGGUGGCCGCCGGACAGGAUGCACACUCCCCACCCAGCUCCAGAGACACACGCCAGCCCUUCACUGAAGCGGUUCUCCUGUUUGGAACAGCAAAAAAAGAAAAAAAAAUUAAUUUCUCUUUUUGGUGUUGGUUUAAAGGGAACACAAGACAUUUAAAUAAAAACGACCCAAAUAUUUCUGAGGCCAG